AUGGAUCAGUACCGUUCCGUAUCGAUUGUUCUUCCCCACAGCCAGAGACGCAACUUCUUCUACCUCUCAGGAUGUCCUCUCCCUGAUUCUUAUCUCACAUAUAACAUCGAAGAGGACCACCUAACCCUUUUCAUUCCUCCUAUUGACGAAGAUUCCGUCAUCUGGUCGGGGCUACCGCUUUCGCCCGAUGAGGCAUUGGAGAUGUACGAUGUAGAUGCCGUCCUUUUGACCACAGAUGUCAAUACUAGUUUGGCACAUUUCUGCUCAGUGAAGAAGGGUAAAAAGGUAUUCGCAAUAGCUGACCAAGUUUCUCCGCACAUAACUUUUUUGCCGUUCCUAGAGACAGACUUUGAUGUUUUGAAACGAGCUGCUGAGGAGUCUCGUGUUGUUAAAGACACUUAUGAAAUUGCUCUUCUCCGUCGCGCGAAUGAGAUAUCUACCAAAGCACAUAUAGCGGUUAUCAAGGCGGCCAGAUCUGCCGCGAACGAGCGAGAAUUGGAGGCCAUUUUCAUCGCGACUUGCAUGUCUUACGGUUGUCGAGAGCAGUCAUACCAUCCAAUCUUUGCUAGUGGAACAAACGCUGCGACAUUGCACUACCAAAAGAACAACAAAGAUUUAGUGGACAAAACUACUGGAGAGAAGAGGUUGAACAUGUUAGUUGAUGCCGGUGGAGAGUACCGGACCUACUGCGCAGAUAUCACGAGGGUGGUCCCGCUCUCGGGAAUGUUUUCUGCGGAAUCCCGACAGAUAUACGAUAUUGUGCUGGAUAUGCAGAUGACGUCAUUGGCAAUGAUUAGAGCGGGCGUAAUGUGGGAAGAUGUACACUCGAACUCUCACCGUGUCGCCAUCCCGCGGACUGCUCAAACUUGCGUUGCCUUUUUCCCUCACGGCGUAGGACAUUACCUUGGUAUGGACACCCACGAUACUGGAGGCAAUCCAAACUACGAGGAUGAAAACCCAAAGUUUAAAUAUUUGCGCUUGAGGGGCAUUUUAGCAUGCGGUGCCGUUGUGACAGUUGAACCAGGUAUCUACUUUUGCCGUUUUAUCAUCGAUCCCUAUCUCGCUUCUCCAGAAUUGGGAAAGUAUAUAGAUACCAACGUACUCGAACGAUACUGGAAUGGUACUAUACAACAAUUUGAAAUCCCAACCUUCGAAUUUUCAUGA